AAAGCUUUCCUAAGAAUAUUAGAUAUUGGCCUAGUCCUACGGAUGAUUCGAUUUGUCUUUAAUUUUUUAUUAAUUAAUUAAAUUUCAAUAUGAAUUAGAAAUUUAUAAUUAAUUUAUUAGAAUUUAGAAAUCGGCUUCUCUCAUCCCUCCUCUCACUCUCGUCUCUCUACGUCUCUUGUCGCCGCCGCCGACAACACACCAAGAAGCAAUCAGCACAUCCGGCUCGCCUCUCCCCAUCUCCUCCGUCCUCACUCUGCUUUUGCGAUUGCCUCCAUCCACAGCAGUUGGCCUCAAAAUCGUCGCGUCAAGAUUCAGCUGAACAACAGUGAGAAGAAGGGAGAAAGAUGAAUGCCCCCGAUCGUUACGAGCGAUUCGUCGUCCCGGAGGGCGUCUCUAAGGUUUCGUACGAGAGGGACACGAAGAUCAUCAAUGCGGCGACAUUCACCGUCGAGCGUGAGGACCACACCAUCGGCAACAUUCUCCGCAUGCAAUUGCACAGAGAUGAGAAUGUUUUGUUUGCUGGCUACAAGCUGCCCCACCCUCUUCAGUACAAAAUACUCAUAAGGAUCCAAACAACAAGCCAAUCUUCGCCAAUGCAGGCCUAUAAUCAGGCUAUCAAUGAUUUGGACAAGGAACUUGAUCAUUUGAAGAACGCGUUUGAGGUCGAAUUGGCAAAGCAUGCUGGGAGUCAACACCGAGAGUUUUAAGCUGCAUUGUUUCCAUUAACUUCCUAGUAAGUAAUGUGUAGCAGCUUUUUGUGGUAAAUGUGGUGAAGUUGGGGAAUGUCUACAAUGUAUAACUCGAUUCUAAAUCUUUCAGAAACAUGCCUUCUGAAUUGGAUCUGUUGAUGGCCAUUAGUGCUUCUCUCUUGUGAAACUACUUAUAAUUUGCUGCAUUUAACAUUUUUUU